AACUCACGCUAACUUCGAUCUAUCGACAUAUCUUUAAGUUACACUGCUAACCGCCUUAUUUUCAAAGUUGCAUUUUCAUAGUUAUUAACCCCGGAAGUUACUGAUCAGGAGGACCAUAGACGGUCGACUACCUCCUGAAAGCUGCAGAGGGGACUUUCAGAGAAGGACCUCCGAUAUGCACUGAACAUUUUCACAAGGCUGCAGCUUGUUGUUUCUAAUGGACGUGAAAACAGGUAUUUGUGUUCGUCUGCCUCUAAAGCAAAGAUAUCUCCUCCUGCUGUUUGCUGUCGCGGUAGUUCUCUUCAGUCAGUGGAUAAGGCAUCGGCCCCAAUCAGGGAGAAGACUGAUUCAUGUGGAGGGUCUGAGGGCCAACUCUUCUCAGUUCACUCUGGAGAGAAAACCCUUCCGCAUCCUUGGUGGCUCCAUCCAUUACUUCCGCGUCCCCAGAGCGUACUGGGAGGACCGUCUGCUGAAGAUGAAGGCCUGUGGCCUCAAUACACUCACCACGUAUGUGCCUUGGAACCUGCAUGAGCCUGAGCGAGGGGUCUUCAACUUUGAGGAUCAGCUGGAUUUAGAAGCGUAUCUCCGCCUGGCAGCCAGCCUGGGCCUCUGGGUGAUCCUGCGUCCGGGGCCGUACAUCUGUGCUGAGUGGGAUUUAGGGGGUCUACCCAGUUGGCUACUGAGGGAUCAGAACAUGAAACUGAGAACAACGUAUCCAGGAUUUACUGCUGCAGUCAGAUCCUUCUUUAACGAGCUUCUGAAGAGAGCUGUUCCACAUCAGUACUCAAAGGGUGGUCCAAUCAUCGCGGUGCAAGUGGAGAAUGAAUAUGGCUCCUAUGCAGAAGAUGAAGACUACAUGCCCUUCAUCAAGGAGGCGCUAUUGUCGAGGGGCAUCACAGAGCUGCUGCUGACCUCAGACAACAAGGAAGGACUAAAGCGAGGCGGACUGAAAGGAGUGUUAGAAACCAUCAAUUUCCAGAAACUGAGAAUGGAUGAGAUCAAGUAUCUGGAUAAAAUACAACCUAACAAGCCCAAGAUGGUGAUGGAGUACUGGUCUGGCUGGUUUGAUGUUUGGGGGGACCUCCAUCAUGUCUUCUCCGCUGAGGAGAUGGUGGCUGUGAUCAGAACGAUCCUCAUGUGGGACAUGUCCAUCAACCUCUACAUGUUUCACGGAGGGACAAACUUCGGCUUCAUGAGUGGGGCAUUUGAACAUGGAACACAAGCGCCAAAGCAUAUGGUAACAAGCUAUGAUUACGAUGCUCCAUUAUCCGAGGCUGGGGAUUACACCACCAAGUACCAUCUUCUGAGGAAUUUAUUCAGCCUCUACCACACCCAGCCUCUCCAUGAACUGCCCUCUCUCCAGGAGAGGAGGGCGUACCAUCCCGUUGUCAUCACGCAGUACCUGUCCCUGUGGGACUGUCUGAAUCUCAAUGACAAGCCAUUUAAGUCUGAAAAGCCGGUGAACAUGGAGAAUCUCCCCGUCAACAAUCACAAUGGCCAAUCCUACGGCUACACGCUGUACGAGACCUCCAUCACCGCUGCAGGAAGCCUCAACUCAAACAACAACAUCAGGGACAGAGCACUGGUUUUUGUGGACAAACAUUUGAUGGGUGUUAUGGAUAAUAAAACACAAGAACUUGCACUCCCUGAAGGAAAGGGAAAAAGAACGCUGAGUUUACUGGUUGAGAAUUGUGGAAGAGUGAAUUAUGGGAAAACUCUGGAUAUGCAGCGCAAAGGGCUUGUUGGAGAUAUCGAGUUAAACAAGAGCAUCCUCCGAGGCUUCAUUAUUCAUAGUCUGAGUCUGAAGCCAGGCUUUGUAAACAGACUUGAGAGUUCAGGCAAAUGGAUGUCCAUGCCUCAGCGACCCUCCUUCCCUGGUUUUUUUCAGGCCAAACUCUAUGUGGACACUUUUCCCAAAGACACCUUCAUCAAGCUCCCUGGCUGGGGGAAAGGUGUAGUGUUCAUCAACGGCAGGAACCUGGGCCGAUACUGGACCAUCGGACCCCAGCAGACUCUGUAUGUCCCAGGCCCCUGGCUGCACAGAGGGACUAACCAGGUCAUAGUGUUUGAGGAGCAGGAAACAGAUGGUAAGAUUCAGUUUGCUAGCAGCCCUGACUACGGCAUGACUGUUGAUGUCGAGUGAGGCCAGGAGGUGAGAGGGGAGGAUGGAAGAGGAGAGGAGCUGGAGAGUGCAUGACUCAGGCCGUCGCUUUGAGCUUUGUCUUCUACGGCACUGACGUCGUUAGUAACUGUAUCAUCAAGUCAUGUAUUACAACUGGAGACCAAAAGGACUGUGACAGAGCACGGCUAAUAAAGUGUUCCACAGAGGAUGGAUUUAGACAUUUCAAAAGCCUACACAAAACGGUUGGCUGCUUUGAGCAUCCACGUCCAAGGAGAAGGUUUUAUUUAUCUUGCAAAAACAUUUAAUUUGUUCCUUUGUAUGAUAUUGAGGGGGGGAGGGGCGGCAAAAAGGCAAAAUCACAAGCUGUGAUUGGACAUUAAUUCAAAGUGUGUUGUGUAAUUUGGAGGUCAGGCUUCCUGUAAGGAUGACAUCUUUGAGCUGUUUGCACCAGCUUUUCUAAAAAGGCCAAAGUAUUUGCUAAUUUGGAAAUCAAUCAUCAUCAAGCUAAAAGUUUAAGUUUUAAUGAAGACAUAGAACAUGGUCAAUAGGUCUGACCUGACGCUUCAAAUGAUGCAUGAUAAUGAUGUAAACUAGCUGUAUUAAAAGUACAAUUCACAUAAAUUCCAAAUGCACCAGCUGUAAUAAUUAAACUAUAUUAAUACUGUUAGUUACUGCCCACAGAGCAGAUGUGGUAAAAUAUGUACAACUGCUGCAUCAGGGUGUCAUCAAUGUGUUUCUCAACAAGGUAAUGUGCUUCUUCAUGCACGCCCUCGGGGCAAAAUGUGCCAGAUUUCCAAAGACACACACACACACACACACACACAAAGCCAACAGACACAGUACCCGAGCACUAGUCAGAUUCUUCUCAGUUAUUUAUUUUUCUUGAUUCAACUAUCAUCUUUCUCUGAGACAAAAUAGCUGUGGCAAAUAAACAACCUUAAGAGUCACAUGCAUAAAAUGUGAAUCACAUGAGACUGGAAGAUGAAAAUGGAGAUGAGGCAAAAGGUAGGACUUGUGUGUGUGUGCGCGUGUGUGAAGUGUAUUGUGCCUUAGAGAAGCCCUCAGAGAAAAACGCUCAGGUCGGAUGGUUCUAACAGACUUAUUCUUCAUGAGUGUUAGAUAUUGCUUAAUACAUCAUCUGCUCAGAGGGAGAAGAAAAAAAUCAGAUGAUUGUAACAGCAUCAGUUGUGAGUUAAAGGACUAUAAAUUGUUCUUCUGUUUCAGGUCACACCACAGAGUAUCACAGAAUUGUAUUCAAUCAGGAAACUGCUCGUUAAUGAAAAUUCAGUUUUACUGUGAACCUUAACAAAAUGAAAAGUUAUGCUGCUUCUUAAAUGUUCAAAUACAGACGUUGACACCCUUUUAAGUGUAACUCAACCUUUCAGAUAAAUUCAGCGUUUAUCUUCAAAUCUAGUAACGACCAAUCCAGUAGAAUUCAGAGGAACAGCAAAGCUUUAGAGAAGAUGGCGUGUCCAGAGGGGUGACCCGGGCCCCCCCUAGAAGCCUGAUUGGCCACCAUAAGUGCCAACCCAAAAAUCCUAAAACUGUGAUUGGCUAUUAUCCCUGUGUCCCUGUGGGACUUAAUUUUACAACCAAUCAUCUUGUGUUAUAAAGUAGUUAUUGGUGAAGUUAGACAGGGUAUUUGUGGCUCCCCUACAUAAGUCAGAGCCCUAGUUGGGCCACCCCAGUCAAAAAAAGUUUGGACACACCCCUGGGUGUGUCCAAACUUUGACCAAUAACACAGUAUUCAUGCCUUUUAGAGAGCAGUUGGAAAAUACAGAUUUAAGGGCAAACACUGAUUGAAUCGACAUCCACACUUGCAAUAAAUACAUUAAUAAAUAUAAUAAAAUGUGUUUUAUUAAGAAUAAAAAAUGGGGAACAAGUUGUAAAGUA